CCACCACACACACAUUCACACACACCCUCCACUCUUUAGCCACCUAAAUGUGUUCUUUACCCAACCCAUGCAGGUUCAGGGAAAGAAAAGGCCUGCACUAUCCCCUAACCCCAUCCCCACCACCACACACACACUCACACACACCCUCCACUCUUUAGCCACCUAAAUGUGUUCUUUACCCAACCCAUGCAGGUUCAGGGAAAGAAAAGGCCUGCACUAUCCCCUAACCCCAUCCCCACCACCACACACACACUCACACACACCCUCCACUCUUUAGCCACCUAAAUGUGUUCUUUACCCAACCCAUGCAGGUUCAGGGAAAGAAAAGGCCUGCACUAUCCCCUAACCCCAUCCCCACCACCACACACACACUCACACACACCCUCCACUCUUUAGCCACCUAAAUGUGUUCUUUACCCAACCCAUGCAGGUUCAGGGAAAGAAAAGGCCUGCACUAUCCCCUAACCCCAUCCCCACCACCACACACACACUCACACACACCCUCCACUCUUUAGCCACCUAAAUGUGUUCUUUACCCAACCCAUGCAGGUUCAGGGAAAGAAAAGGCCUGCUGUUUCUCACUGCAUGAUAGUAAGAGGCGAUCCAUGCGCCCUCCCUACCCUGGCCCCCUAUCCUGCAGAAAUGGAAUGAUUUCUUCCUUGUCCUCUGUAUAUGUUUAGGGUAAAUUAAAGAAACCAAGAAUAUUUCAAGUUAUACAGGAGUACCUGCAGUAUCCCACUGCAUAUGUAUUGUAAACGGAGACUGAUAAUGUAUUGCACCCUGCACCCUACUAUCUCUUUGUGGCAGUGUCUCUCUGGGCACCAGUCAUCUUACGACCUUGGCGUUGUCACGUGACUGAUGUUUACCCUGCUAACAAAUAUCUUGUGCUUAUUUGAUAAAGAUGGCGGAGCAGGCAAGACGCGUGGCGGUGAUUGGGGCAGGUAUAUCUGGGCUUGCCACGCUGAGGAGUCUCCUCGCAUCGGACCGGAAGUACCUCCCAACAUGCUUUGAAAGAGGAAGUGGUGUAGGUGGGAUAUGGCAGUAUAAUGAGAACAGUCACACUGACGAGUACGGGAUGCCUGUUUUUUCCGCCAUGUACCGCGACGCAAUGAGUAACUUACCAAAGCCGAUGAUGGAGUUCCCAGAAUUCCCAAAUACAGAUCCGGAUAUAGACUCGUGCUUCAUGCACAGACAGGAAGUUGUGAACUACGUCAAUCGAUUUGUGGACCAUUUUGAUCUCCAGAAAUACAUCACGACCCACACCUAUGUCAACAACGUGUGUCCGACAAGCAAUGAGAGGCAUCCCGAAUGGACGGUGUCCUAUUACGACAUUCGGAACAAAGACGAACAGAAGCAGGCUGUGUUUGAUGCUGUAUUUGUAUGCAAUGGUCAUGCAGAUAAACCGAACAUACCGGAUAUUGAUGGAGUAGAAGAGUUUCAAGGGGAGAUCAUCCACAGUAGAAACUACAGAAUUCCCGAGAAGUUCAAAGACAAAAGGAUUGUCAUACUCGGAGCCUCCUUCUCGGGUCUUGACCUUGCUGUCGAUAUAUCACCAUACGCUCAACAGAUUUUUCUGAGCCAUGAGAAAGAACGUUUGAAAUCAGUUUUCACUGAAAACGUCACUGAAAAGCCUGGGAUAAAGCGGAUGACCCGUACGACGGUCGUCUUCUUAGACGACACCGAGGAGGAAGUAGAUGUUUUACUAUUCUGUACCGGAUAUCGUUACAACUUUCCGUUUCUAAGUGAUGACGUCAUUAACAUAAACAUUACCGACAACAGGGUCAUGCCUCUAUAUAAGCACGUGGUCAAUAUAAAAUACCAAAAUCUAUUCUUUGUCGGUAUUCUUGAAAAAGUGGCAUUUUUCUCGAUGGGGCACGUGAUGUCGAGAUUUGCCGUUGCCGUGUUGGAUGGUAAAAUCGUUCUUCCGUCCGAAACGGAUAUGUACAAAGAUGCCGAGAGUGAUUUCAAUGAGAGAAAAGGAAGAGGUGAGAAGGCACACGCUGAUUUAGGUAAUGAACUUGUAUGGAAUUAUGAAAGAGAGCUGGCUACGUUGGCAGGAAUCAAUCCAUCUCCCAAAGCCUUUCAGCUGAUAAUCAACUUUCUCAUGCGAAACAUCCGACAGACACCUGCCACUUUCCGUCAAAGAAACAUUCAAAUUUUAGAUGAUAUGGAAUCGUUCAUACUUUUGAAUUAGCAAACAGACAAACAGAGCAAACAAAGUUCUAAAACGGUGUCUUUAUACUCUGUUUUAUGAUAUAUGUUAUAUAUAUAAAUCAGAAAAAACGCGUGAUGGUUAAACAUAAAAAAACCAAAUGAUAAGCGUUUCCUAGCGUCUCUCUAGCCUUAAUUAGAGGUUCAUCAGGGGAAAUAUUUAUUUAUUUUAACAGAACAACGACAAAACACAGCCAGUGAUCAUAAUGUAACUACAUGUAAAUAAGGAAAAACAAACAAAAAUAACCGAUGUCUCUAAGCUUUUCACCUCUUAUGAGGUUCUUCAGUAGACUUGUUUAUUUUGAAGAGUGCACAUGAAAUGAUGAUGUCAUCAUGCAUAUUAUGAUGUCACAAACGGUACACAGUACAGGAAAUAACUUAUUAUUCAUAUAUAUAUAUAUAAUUGACCCCAUCGCAAAAUGAUAUGGCCCUGUGAAGUUUAAGCAACACUUCAUUCCAGCUUAAUACCUGCUAUUGAUUCCUACUUUUAGCUGAAUCCCUGCUACAUACACUCCCGACUUUAUGCACUCUACAAACAACUCUACAACUGCAAUAUACGGCAGCAUUAGUUUUGCGGAAAGUGAAUCCCUGUUGUAUAAAUACAUCUUAUUCUACCUUUGCUCUUCAUUUUCCUUACACGUUCUAUGUUACCCAGGAAUCUUGUACGUACCUCUCGUAAUGGCAUGUGCUAUUUGCAGCUAUAGCCGCGUGGUUUCACAAACAACCAAAACUUCUUUACGAUUCAUAUUUAUUCCAGAGCACUGACAAACAUGGUUCAACAUUCCUUUAUCAUAUAGAUUCACUCUGUAAACUAACACAAAAGACUUCGUUUAGCACAACGCUUCAUAAGUAAAAUGCAUACAUAGAAUAAAGGGACGUAACUCUCAUAAACUAAUUACUGGAUAAUCUUUUCAUAAUAUACACUUACUACAUGUAACUUGAACAAAAUGUUAAGAAAUAAUUACUGCCUACUGUUACCAGUUUAUAUUCUUACAAUAACACAGCAUACAUGGCAAUUACUUUAUAAUAUUUUACAAUUAUCAUUUCUCAAUUUUAUAUCUUUACAAAUAUGAAUCUGCUACAUAACAAAUGUUAUUGUAUAAAACUUGCAUAACUUUAUCAUAAAUCCUAAAAAUUGUUAUUCUAACAUAAUAGGAAGUGUUUCAAAGACGGAUACAUUUUUAUUAGGGCCUUUUUUUUUUUUUUUUUUUUUUUUUUUAAAGGAGCCAAAGAAUUACAUGCAUAUGAAAUAGUUAUAACAAAAUAAAACUGUCAAAAUUUAAGACUGGUGUCUGAUCACCAUCUCAGCUAUCAUAGGGACAAUGGGAACCCUCGCGUGAAUUUUGAGCAAGAACACUCCAGUACGUUCUAAGAAAUAGUGCUAAAAAUCUUAAAUUCUCAAAAUUCAAGAUGGCCAGCUUUCGGCCAUACUUUUCAGACAGUAAUUAAUACCUACAGCAUUGAUUGCGCUAACUGGUUUGACAUUCAUCAGCCCAAUUAUUGGCCGACUCAAGAUCUUUGCUGAAAAGUUUACUUACUAGUUUCAGACAUUAACUUUACCUUUAUACAUGAAUGAAUCAUCAGCUGAAGACUUCACAGCGAGAGAAACUUCUAACGUCAUGUAAUUAACACCUAGAACUAAACCUUGGUCAAAUCCAGCUUAAAUAUGUAUAAGAGUACAUUGGUAGCCGUAACAUUUACCAAAAGAAGUUGUUUUUGUUUCUAUAUCAAUUGCAUAUGAAUAUGUAGUAUUUCAUGUAAGAUGUCUACUUUUACUUUUACCUAUUAUGUCUUGUACAUUAAUUUGUAAAACGCUCUGGGGCUGCUAGUUUCAGUAGGAUAGAGCGCUAUAAAAUCAGUGAUUUUUAGUAUCAUUAUAUUGCCUUUUUUGCGAUGUGUUGUUGCAGCUAAAUACUUUUUAAAACAGUUAUAUAUGUUACCAAAGAUACCAUGCAUUUUUUUCGUUUAUGU